UGCCCACCUACCUAGUGAUCUGCAGGCUACAAAUAGACGGCACGGGGGGCAACACUUUUGGUAGUAGUAGCGCACACACACCACUGCACAAAGCACGUCACUGCUCGGCUUGCCUUGUCGUCCUCUCUUCCUUGCAAUGGCUACCGAAAUGGUCCUGCUGUGUCGCUUUGUGGCCUUCGUGGCGGCUCUCGCCUGCCUCCUCCGCCCCGGCGCGCCCGUCGAGCUCCACCGCAAGCUCUCCGGGUGGUCCGACGACGCCGGCGCGACGUGGUACGGCGCAGCCACCGGCGCUGGGAGCGACGGUAAGUUAGACGCACGGCCGGACGCUGACGGACGGACGGCGCGCGUGAACUUUGGACCCAUUUUUUUUAUUCCACCGGCAUGGGAAAAAAAAGAAUUCCUAACAAAUCCCUCCCCGGGGCCCGGCCCGGGUACGUGCACGCCGUUUUUUUUGUUUUUGUUUUGUUGUUGUAUUGUAGGUGGUGCAUGCGGGUACCAGAACGCCGUCGACCAGCCGCCUUUCGCGUCCAUGAUCGCCGCCGGCAGCCCGUCCAUCUUCCUGAACGGCAAGGGCUGCGGCUCCUGCUACCAGGUGAAAUGCACCGGCCACGCGUCGUGCUCCGGCAGCCCGGUGACGGUGGUCCUCACCGACGAGUGCCCCGGCGGCGCGUGCCUGGACGAGCCCGUGCACUUCGACCUGAGCGGCACGGCGUUCGGAGCCAUGGCGAAGCCCGGCCAGGCCGACCAGCUCCGCAGCGCCGGACGCCUCAGGAUCCAGUACACCCGGGUGCCGUGCAGCUGGAACGGGAUGGACAUCGCGUUCAAGGUGGACGCCGGCUCGAACGCGAACUACUUGGCGGUGCUGAUCGAGUACGAGUCCGGCGACGGCGAGCUCAGGUCCGUGGAGCUCAUGCAGCGCGGGCGAGGCGGCGCGGCGGCGUGGACGCCGAUGCAGCAGUCGUGGGGCGCGGUGUGGAGGUACAACUCCGGCGCCACCCUGCAGGGGCCCUUCUCCGUCCGCCUCACGUCCGGCUCCGGCAGGACGGUCGUCGCCAGCGACGUCAUCCCCGCGGGGUGGACGCCCGGCGCCACGUACCGCUCGGUCGUCAACUUCAGCAACUAACGAUGGCGGAAUAACAGAACAGGUGUAGAUGCGCGCGCGCCCGCCCGCCGCCCGCCUGGACGGAGUGGAAGGCGUGGCGCUGGCUUGGUUUAUGAUUCGAGCUGUGCGUGCCUAUACCGUACCGACGCUUAGUUUGUACUGUUGCGUGCGUGACAUGUGCAAAUCCGCGCAGUCACCGUGCGUGUUUCGCCGGAGUGGCGUGUUCGUUGAAUAAAUAAAGGCUGGAUUAAUGGAAGCGAA